AUGGCACCGCAAGACAUCUACACAACAGAAUACGACAAGGUGGCGGGCCUAGAGCCUUUGGAGGCACGCAUACUCAAGCAGUACCAACUCUUGGCCACGCAGCUCAAAACCCUCGCCAAUGAGGUCAAACUGAUUAACACCACCGCAUCGGAAACGCGUAGUUCCGACGAUUCGGGAGCUUCCGAAGGACCAGGCACGGCCGACCAGCUUCUCGACAACUUCCGGAGCUUGGAAAUGAAAAUAGGGUUGGUUUACACGCUUUUUCGCGGAGCGGUGUACUCGUUAUUUCUUCAGCAUGAAGAGGAUGAAAAUUUGAAAAUUGACAAGGCAAAGGAAGACGAAGAGAACGACAACGCUGCGAGCGACUUGCAAAGUGGUUGA